GUACAGUUGUUGAGUAUAAUGUUACGUCAUUUGCGUUAUGUUCCUUCUUGUCCUGAACUACGAAAAAGUUUGAAAUUACGUAGCAAAGAGUAUCUUCGAGAAAAUACUCUUGCUGGUUUUCCUUACUUUGUUAAUCCAAAUCGUCCAACUUGGGAAAGAGCAAUAUGGUUAAUUUGUACAAUAGCUUCACUUAUUGGAGCAUUGGUAAUUAUUGCCAUCAUUUGGGAGAGAUUUCAAACUAGUCCGACUAUUACUGGAAUUGAUAUUCAAACUGAUGAAUUGACAAUUAAUUUACCAAGUCUUGUUCUCUGCAUGACAUCUGAUUAUUUAGAGCUUUCGCAAGUUUCCAAGGAUUUGACAGAUGUUUACCAAAAAUUUUAUAAUUGGAAUUGGGAGCCAUUAAAUGUAACAUUACCUAAAUUAACACAAACAUUGAGUGAUGUAUUUCUACAAAGGACUCCAAGUUGCAGCAACGUUGUUGGUGAUUGUAUUGAUAGAGGUAAUCUUGUUCCUUGCAAGAAUAUAUUUCAUAAAAUUUUAACUCCAGCUGGAAUUUGUUGUCGAAGUGCAGCAUUACCACUAAUUAAAGAUCAACCAAACAUGAACUUAUCAUUCGCUCUUCUUCAUCAAAAAAAAUUAAAUAUUUAUUUUCAAGAGCUAGAAGAUGAUAUACCACUACGAGAUACACCAAUAACUUAUCGUCCAGUAGAAAAUACGACUUUUGAUAUUAUAAUCGAAAUAACUGAAGCUUCUGAUGGCUUACGCAUGUUAACUAAAUCUCAACGUGCUUGUGUAUUUUCUGAUGAAGGUCCCACGUAUAACAAAUGUGUUUUUAAAUGUAUGCAAGACACAUUUCGAAGUAUCUGUAAAUGCUUGCCAUGGUUUUAUAGUAAAAGCAAAUUAGAUCAAUGUACUUUAGAACAAUAUUCGUGUUUAUCAACCAAUGUUGUAAAAUUACGAAAACCUAAAUGUAUUUCUAAGUGUUAUAUUCAUUGUGCACACAUAACUUAUGGAUUUGAGAAUAUUAAAAGCUCACCUGUAACAGCAGUUAGAACCAAAUGGCCUCAAGUUAAAUAUGAGAGAGAGGUACGAUUCGGUUGGCUUGACCUUAUUGUCUCGUUCGGUGGUAUUAUGGGUUUAUUCUUAGGUUACUCUAUUCUCACAACUUUUGAAAUGAUUUAUUAUUUUACUUUACGGCUAUAUUGUGGUGCUAUUAUUGAUAACGAAGAUAAAGUUAUUGAAAAAAUCAAACUCGAAGACGAUAAGAAAAAAAUUGAAAUACAUAUCUCUCUAGAAUUAAGUACACGUAUUUAA